AUGAAAUUCAUUUCUGCGGCUUCCGUGCUGCUCUAUGCCGUCGUCGUGGCGGCGGGCAGUAACGUCAUUGAUCUUACACCCAAGAACUUUGAUGAGAUUAUCACGAACAGUGGGAGACCAGCUUUGGUCAAGUUCUUUGCUCCAUGGUGCGGACAUUGCAAGAAGAUGGCCCCGACAUAUGAUGAGUUAGGAGACGCCUUUGAGUCCGUAAAGGACAAGGUUGUUAUUGCCAAGGUUGAUGCUGAUAAGCACCGUGAACUCGGGAAACGUUUCGAGGUCAAGGGAUUCCCUACUCUCAAAUGGUUCGAUGGCAAAUCCGAAAAGCCAAUUACCUACGAUUCCGGGCGUACCCUCGAUGCCAUGAGCAAAUAUAUCACCGAUAAGACUGGUAUCAACCCUAAGGGCGCCGGUGGUGCUAAGAAGGAACCAGAAUCCCCUGUUAAGACUCUUACGGAUGCGAACUUUGAGUCUGUGGCGAAUGAUCCUUCUAAGGGUGUUUUUGUCAAGUUUUAUGCUCCUUGGUGUGGAUAUUGCAAGAUGCUCGCUCCAAUCUACGAACAGCUCGCCACAUCCUUCGCUCGUGAACCCAGCGUCGUAAUCGCCGAAGUCAACUGUGACGAAGUCUCCGCCAAAAUCGCAUGUGUCAAAUACGAAAUCGAAAGCUACCCAACCCUCAAAUACUUCCCAGCCGGAUCAUCCGAACCAAUCCACCACGAUGGUGACCGCAAGAUCGAGGGUUUGGUUGAAUACAUCAAUGAACAGGCCGGUCUUAACCGUCUCCCCGGCGGUGGGUUAAACGCCAAGGCUGGAAGAAUCGAAGUUCUUGACAAUAUCAUUAGAGAUAAAUUGCCUAAGGGACUUGUCGGUGUUCAUGAUGAGUUUGUAGAGAAGGUUAAGGGUCUUGAACAUAAAUAUGCAGCUUAUUAUGUUAAGGUUGCGAAGAAGUUGGAGGAGAAGAAGGACUAUGUUAAGAAUGAGUUGGAGAGGCUGACAAAGAUGGUUACUAAAGGCGGACUACACGUUGAUAAGGUUGAUGAUAUUACUCAGCGUCAGAAUAUCUUGAAGAGGUUCUCUGGAGAGGAGGAGCCAGUUGUUGAGAAGAAGGAUGCUGAGAAGGACGAGUUGUAA